AUGGCGUCCCAUCCGACGUAUGAAGCGCAUGGACAACCCUAUGUGGACGAAACCACGUCGAUGACCGCCGAGAAGCAAGAUUCGAAAGGUACUAGAGAUGUUUUCGGUGAAGAUGGUAGCCAUCAGAUCCAAUACAAGACACUCAGCUGGCAGGCUGUCAGCCUCCUCAUGAUAGCUGAAAUCGUCAGCAAUGGUAUCCUGUCUCUCCCAAGCGCACUAGCAGUCGUUGGCAUUGUGCCCGCUGUCAUUCUAAUCGUGUUUCUCGGUAUUUUUGGCCUGUACACUGCCAAGUUGCUCAUCGACUUCAAGCUGAAUCAUCCUAAUGUGCAUACUAUGGGCGACGCUGGAUACAUUAUGUUCGGACCUGUGGCUCGGGAAGUGCUUGCCUUCGGAACUGUUUCUUUCGCUGUGUUUGGUUCGGGCUCUGGACUACUUUCCAGCCAGCAGGCACUGUCAACGCUUUCGAAUCAGGGCAUGUGUAGUAUGUAUCUGGUUCUCAUCACUGGCGCCGUUGCUUUCUUGAUUUCACUACCGCGGACACUGGAUCGGUUGGCAUGGAUGGGUCUUGUUAGCGCAGCAGUCAUUGCCAUAGCUGGUUUCAUUGCAAUGAUUGGAGCAGGGGUGAACCCAGUUCCCGGACGGACUUUAACAGUAGCUGCCUCCAGUAACUUUUUCGAUGCUUUCUUGGCUGUCACAAAUCCUGUGGGUUUUUGCAUAUGCAGGUACGGAAUUUUGUUCUUUAUUCUGAUAUCUGAGAUGCGUAAACCCGAGGAGGCUAUAAAGGCAGCAUGGUGUCUACAGGGCUUCGCUACAAUAUUCUAUGUUGUUUUCAGCGUAGUCAUGUAUGUCUACAUUGGAAACACGGUCCAGUCCCCGGUCCUCUUUUCUCUUCCUCCGGUAUGGGCAAAGGCAGCGUUUGCCAUUGCUCUCCCAAAUUUCCUGUUCUCUUCCGGGCUAUACACUCAUACAGCUACAAAGCUGGUGUUUGUUCGCAUAUUUCGCCAUUCAGAGCACGUCCAUUCGCAUACCUUACUCGGGUGGACGGUUUGGACUCUGCUGUGUCUCGCAGGCUCAGCUCUUGCUGCAAUUCUCGCCAUCGCAGUUCCGAUAUUUUCCUACCUAAUCGGCAUCGCGGCAGCCCUCUUUGCCGCAUGGUACACGUACGGUUUGGCCGGAUUCUUCUGGUUGCAUGACGCAUAUCAUCUCGAGGGUGGCAUGGACGGGCUCAAACGACGACCAAUCGGGACUACACUGGCUGUGUUGACUAUUCUUUCCGGCACUUUCAUCUGUGUCGCUGGGACUUAUGUGUCGAUAAAGCUCAUCGUCGAAGCCUACGCCGAUGGCCAAGUUGGGAGACCGUUCGUUUGCUAG